GAAAGUGGGCGUCAGAGCAAAUCUAUCAUUAGGCGUCGAGCGUUGAGGAAUAAUAAUAAUAAAAAAUAAAAACAAUACACAGCAGAAAUAAUUACAAAGACUUGCUAAUUACGACAAUGAGCAAUGAAAAUUGACUGCCUGGCUGGCAAUUGCACUAAAUCUGCAACGAAGCUAAAAGAGUUGGAGAACUGCUAACAGCGACUAACAUGCAUAUUACGCUCUGAAUAGCCAACAUUGAGGCAGCCGAGAAAAAGCAAAACUGGAUGCAACGGCUGCCUGGCUAAUUGUGGCAAACAUUCAAGUGUAUAAAUUUGUGCAACACAUUGGCGCACAAGAUCAGUUGGCCAAGUGAGUUAGCCAGAAGAACAGUCGCAGCAGCAAAGGAAACUAUCACAACUGGGGGACAGCUAAAGUCCAACAUUAAGGAUAUACACAUAAAGUUAGCAAUGGAUACGCGAUUGGGUCUCAUUGCAGCGGUGCUGCUGGCCGCGCUCUUCGCUCACCAUCGACCCAUCUCUGCCCUGGAACUCAAAAGCAAUGGCACCGGUGGCAGUGGGGAGAGUGGCCUCCUCCGCACUGUGCGUCACGUUUAUGGACAGUGUGUGGAUAGUGAGGAUAUUUUUUGGUGCUGCAAACUGCACGGCGCACGCCUCCUGGGCAGAGCUCUUAAGGUCCAGCAGCUCAGCAUUGUGGAUGGCGUUAAUCUGGUGAGGCGCACGGGCAGCAGCAGUGGCGAGGAUACGCGCACAGGACGUGCCAGCAUUGCCGAGAAUCAGCUCAACAAUCGCGAUCUCGAGCAUAUGUCGAGUAAAAGUUUGGAUGCCUUGCUGCUGGAGAGAUUUCUCAACUUUAUGCACAGCCAUCAGCUGCAGGUGAAUCUGCCACGUUUGCUGCGCUUUGGCGAGAGGAACAGUCAGGAUUGGUUGCAGUGGAUGAUGAGCUACUUUAUGGGUGGCGAGUCGACAGCAGCUGGAGAGGGUCGCGAUAAGAAGAAGGACGAUAAAAAGUAUUUGGGUCCAUUUAUUGCCGCUGUGCUCCUGAAGACUGCCAUACUUAAGAUGGCCUAUCAUUCGAUUGCCAUUGUCGCUGGCAAGGCGCUGAUUGUGGGCAAAAUAGCGUUGAUCAUCAGCGCCAUCAUUGGAUUGAAGAAGCUCGUCAGUCACGAUGGCGGCGAGAAGACAACCUAUGAGAUUGUCAAGCAUCCGCAGGUGCAGCAGAGUCACACCUAUUCGUCGAGCCAUCAGGGCGAGUACGAUAGCGGUGGCCAUGACGGUGGAUCCUAUCAUCGGAGCAUUGAUGACGAAAUGAUGAUGCAGGAUAAGGCUUAUCACGCCUGGUUGCCACAUGCUGCUGCCGGCCCUGGGGCUGGAUCAGCUGGGGCAGGAGUUGGCGCAGGCGCCGCUGCUGGCGUCAAGGUAACUCGAUAAAGCUCUCCGCUGCUUGGCUGCUGACCCAAAAAACCAAAGAUCAAGAAAAAUUGUUCGCCUAGUUUCAAUUUGUCGGCAAUUGUAUUUACACUUGUUUGACUUUCAAAUCUUAGAUCUAAGUUAAGUUACAAAUAGUUAAUUUUAUAUAUUGUUUACCACAGAAAUACAUAAAGCUA